AUGGGCGACUCAUCCUCUACACCACCCGCACGCUCACGUCGCAUCAGCAUGCUGCCCAUCCGCGAUACCGAGCCUGCACAGGCGCAUCACAGGCUGCAGGUGCUCGAGCUGGAAAACGUCGGUCUCACAGAAGAGCUCGAGCACGUCGAACGCAAGAACCUCGAGCUCGAACGACAGCUCGACGCGCUUCGAGCCACCGUCGCCCAACAGCCACAAUCAGGGCUUGCAGAGUCACACGAGGAAUCGGUCUUGGCUUCGACGUCGAUGUCGUUUGAUGCAUCGCCCAACUACGCAGCCGAGGUGAAGGGCGCUCGUCGACUCAUCCACCGUCUUGCGACGCACAUCUCGGCACACGACCCAUCAGCAUCGCUACCGGAAUCCGCACCCUUCGACGACGAGAGAUACUUUACCCUCGACCAGAGCCUGGUCCACGAUCCGGAACGCUCCUUCGUCACACCCGCGGUGACACAUCUGACGACGCCGAAUGGGAAGCACACCGUCGCACGCGCGUUCCACAACGACCUCCUCGACGACGUGGAGACUCUAAGGAGUGUGUGGGAGGAGCAUACACGCAGGGCUACCUUUGCUGCGGUAGAAGCCCACACGCACGCCGAACGGCAACGAGCAAUGAUCGAACAGCUCCGAACCGAGCUGCACAACGCUCAGGCCGCAGCGGCAUCCACCUCCACACACCAGCUCACACAGCAACUGCAAGCCGAACAACAACGCAGCGCCGAGCUCGAAGCAAAGCUGACCGCUGCAGAGGCGACGCACGACCAGCUUGCACAGCUCACACAACAACUACAUUCGGAACAGCAACGAAACGCCGAGCUGGACACCGAGCUGGCUGCGGCCAGAGCCAAGAUCGAAUCUCUCUCUGCGACAGACAUGGCCAACGAGGCGACGAGCGAGCGCAUUGACGAGCUGGAGGAACAGCUCGAAGCCGAGCGGACACGCAGCGGCGAUUUGGACGCGCAGCUCUCCUCUGCCGAGGCGAGGAUCCUGCAGCUGACGGCGGAGCACGAGCUUACGCUCUCGGCGGCAUCGCACAAAUCAGCCGCACACAUCGGUGCGCUCGAGCAAGAACUGGCGGAGCGCCGCACCCGCGCCGACGAAGUGGGCUCGAUCCUGCGCGAGCUCGCCGACAAGCGCCAGCGGCUGCACGCGAUCCAGCUGCACACGGCACAGGUGAGCGCGCUGCAGCGCGUGCUCGACAAGCAGACGCGCAUCGUCGCCCUGCUCGAGCGCGACGAGACCACGAGCGCCGACAUGCUUGCGCAAUGGUCCGAGUACGCCCGCGACAUGUCCGCAUCCCUGGCGCUCCUCCGACCCGCGAAUUCGAACGAGAGCCUCACCGAGACCACACCAGCGCAAGGUGGGGCAAGGGAGGAGGAUGCGGUGGCGGGACUGCGCGAGAAGGUCGACGAGCUCGAGGCGCGCGUGCUGCGCCGCAACGAGCAGAUCGGACACCUGCAGCGCCAACUCUCCACGGCCGAGAACGACCUCAAGCGCACACGCACCAACCAGACCCUCGCCGAAACCACCGUGGAGGAGCUCGAAGACAGCCUGGCCGAGCUGGAAGGGCAACGCACCGAGCUCCAGAAUCGCGUCGAGCAGCUUGAGCUGCAUGUUGCUUCGCUCCCUGCAGCCACUGCGCCGACGGAGCAUGCUGAUGCCGAAGCCCAGGUUGCUCUCGACACGGCGCAGACGCAGCGGGUGCAAGAGCUCAGUGCUGCCCUCGACACGGCGCGCGCGCGCCUCGAGGAGCACAUCGCCUCGCUUCCGACCGUCACCGCGCCCGAGCUCGCCGACGCCUCGGCGCAGGCCACGCUUUGGACCACUCAAGAUGGGCGGAUCGCCGAGCUCGAACUUGCGCUGCAAGCGGCGCACACCCGGACAGCCGAGCUGGAAGCCCAGUCGGACGAGCUCCUUUCGCUGCGCACCGCUUUGCGCAAAGCGACGGAGAGUCGCGCCUCGCUGGCGCUCGAGCUCGAUGCGGUGCAGCUGGCGCUUGCCGAGCAGCGCGAGUCGGCGUCUGCAGAUGCUGAACGUCUCGAGCAGCUCGAAGCGCAGCUCGCCACGCACGAUGCCGACCGCAUCCAACUCGCCACACUUUCCGAACGCAUCGCGCUCCUCGAGGAGGAGCUCUCGGCCUCGCACGCUGCACGCGACUCUGCACUGGAUCUGCACCACACCACAGCGUCGGAGCUGGCCGCACUCGUCGCAAAGCACACCGAGCUCGAGGCGGUACUGGCCGCACGCGAUGCGGCGAUGCACGCGCGCAACGCCGAGUACUGGACGCUCAAAGAAGAGCUCGCCGAGCUGCAGGAAGAAGCCGAACGCUCGCGCCCCGAAAUCAUCACCCCCGCCGCGCUCUCCACUCUCCGCUCUGAGCUCGAUACUGCGCUGCAGCGCGUGGCGGCGCAGGAAGAGGUGCUGCUGCGCUUCAAGUCGGACCUCGCCGCGGCGCGGUCCACGGAAGAGCUGCUCAACGCACAGUAUGCCGCUGCCCAACGUCGGGCUGCUGAGCUCGAAGGCGCUGCGGAUGCAAGGCCCGAUGCAGAGCUGCAGGAGAGGCUGGACAAGGCCGAGGAGGAGACGAGCUACCUGCGCACGCGCAUCGACGAGCUCGAGCAGGAAUUGGGCCGCAAGGCCGACGAGAUCGAGGAGGCCGAUUCCAAGAUCCUCGACGCACUCAAGGAGACCAAAAAGUACGCCACGCGCUAUACCAAGUUGAGCGCACGCCUCGACGAUGCCAAGCAGCAGCUCGUCGCUGCACACGCUCAGACCAAGCACGCCGAAGAGGAGCUGGCCAGGUGGAAAACACGCGCCGACGAGAGCGCCGUCACUCGCGCGUCGGCGGCAGUCACUCCCUCGGCAUCCAAGCCAGUUGGGGUGAAGCGCAAGGUGGAUGAGGCCGAGGCGGUGGCGGUGGAGGAGGUUCGUGCCGUGUAUGCUCCCUCGCCCUCAGCACGGCCCACAUCCUUCACACCUGUUCGCCGCACCAAGAACGCCGUGCUGGGGCUGGGGACGCCCUCCACCGCACCGGACGGCAUGGUGCGUUCGUCAUCCAACCCGUCCGAACUCGUCGCCGCGCGUCUUUCGCCGACCAAACCCGCUCUCGGCGACCGCACCAACCUCGCUCCCGCUGCUGCACGAACGAGUCGACUGGCCAAGACCACGCUGGUGCCUGCACACCCGGAUCCUGUUGCCAAAGCAGCUCCUGCUGGCGCGGCCGACUUUCUCGCGCGCAUGAAGGCGCAAUCCCGCACGCGCUGA